CUUAAAUCAGACGGAGAUUCACGACUCCCGGCACAUUUGCGUCUCUCCAGGGGCUAGCGAUGGUGCGGACCAGUGGCUCCAAGACCAGAUUUCCCUUCCGGUAUCUACUACUCGCACUUUGCAUAAUCUGCUGCGCUUCUCACUUACUUUCCUAUAACUUCACCAUCAGUCCUAAUCCCAGACCGGGACAGCCAUGGUGUGUGGUUCAAUGCCAGGUGGACAAAGAGCAUUUUCUCUCCUAUGACUGUGGCGCUGCUAAGAUCCAAUCCAUGAGUCUCCUGGGAGAGAAAGUAAAAGACACAAAGUAUUGGAAAGGACAGAUGGAAACACUCAGAGAUGCUGGGCACUUGCUCAAAGAGCAAUUGCCUGACAUUGUGCCGGAGGAACACACUCUCAGGGAUCUUCUGACCCUGCAGGGUAUGAUGACAUGUCACAUUGAAGCUAAUGGACACACCAGUGCAUUCUGGUGCUUUGGCUUCCGUGGCCAGAUGUCUCUCACCUUUGAUUCGGUGAAUGGAAACUUGACAAUGAGUCAUGUUGAAGGCAGAAGGAUGAAAGAGAGAUGGGAGCACGACAGGGAUGUGACCAAGUUCUUCGAGAAUACCUCCAUGGGCGAUUGCAGGACCUGGCUUAUUCAUUUCUUGAACCACUGGGAAGAGAUGCUGAAAACAACAGCAUCACCAACCAUGGCCACCCACACAACCACGUCCAGGGCCAUAGCUGUCACGCCCGCGGCCUGCCUCCUCUUCAUGGUCUUCACCUGCUUGCUCAUAAUUGGCUGAGUCCUUUUCACUAACAGGCUCAUGGUGCUACCACGAAACCCCUGACGGGGUGAUCUGUCUCAGAGACUCUGCCUUUUGCUUGGCCACCUUUGAUCUUCUGCCGUUCAUCUUAGACCACCACAGAUUCACACCCUGCAAAUCCCAGGGCUACCAGCCGAUCCCGAUGACACAGUAGAUGUACCAUCUCAUGUCCUUUUUCAAUUUGGUGACUGCUCUACUCAGAACAUUUUUUCUAAAACAUUUUGCCACAUUCUCUUGGUGCUACUAAUGGAAUUCCUGCACUGAAACAUUCAAAUGUUUGAACAAGGAAUCACAACAAACAGGACCUUUUCCAUCUUCUUCUAGUUUGUGGAAAACCAGACUCUUCUCUGCAUCUCGUGACCUUGUUCUUGCAAAUGAUGAUGCUACGAGAAAAAUAACAUGUGCUGCUUAUUACAGAACCUCAGGAAUUCUUUCUGUGUCUGGGGAAACAAUGUGAAGGUAUUUAAGAAGAAUAAAAUUUUAUUUUUGAUUAUAUCUAUUAAUUUAUUACACUAGAUGUAAUUCCUUCAGAUUUCUGUUGUAUCUUUUGGUCAACUAAUCUUCGCCAAAGGAGGCAAGAAUAUACAAUGGAAUAAAGACAGUUUCUUCAGCAAAUCGUGUUGGGAAAACUGGGCAGCAGCAUUUAAAACAAUGAAGCU